CACCCUCACCCUGAGCAAUUCACUCCUUCAUCGCCGCGGAAGCACCGAAAAAUUCAUCGAGGACGCGCACAAUAGCGGCAAAUGCUCCAUCGGUUUCCAGCUCUGACUUUCGCUCCCUGGACCCAAACUCUCCGCGGUUCUUGCUCUGACAAAUUCGAAUAUCUGAAGCCUCAGUUUGGUUGUUCUAAGUAUUAUGCUGCAAGAAGAGCUGGGGUUUUCCUUAGUCUUGAUAGGACACCUCCCAGUCCCCGAGAUGGUAAGACUAAGAAAAAUGGAGUUCCUCAAAACGUGGAUUUUCCCCCGGUUCAGCCCAAGAACAAGAAGAAGCCAUAUCCCAUACCUCUCAAGAAAAUUUUGCAGGCUGCAAGGGCUGAUAAAAAGCUCGCACAGAAGGGAGUGGAGAAGCCUCUUCAGCCUCCAAAGAAUGGGGUUUUGGUGCCUGAAUUACUUCCGGUUGCUUAUCAAGUAUUAGAUGCUUGGAAGAUUUUGAUUAAUGGAGUGGCCCAGCUCCUCCAUGUAGUUCCGGUUUAUGCUUGUUGUGAAUGCUCAGAAGUUCAUAUUGCUGAGAGGGCUCAUGAGAUUCAAGAUUGUCGUGGGACGAGUGGUCCCAGUCGCAAAGGCUGCCACUCGUGGGUGAAAGGUUCUAUCAAUGACAUACUUAUCCCUAUUGAGUCGUACCAUAUGUAUGAUCCUUUUGGUAAGCGCAUUAAGCAUGAGACUCGGUUUGAUUUUGAUAGAAUUCCGGCUAUUGUAGAACUUUGCAUCCAGGCUGGUGUUGAAUUACCAGAGUAUCCUUCGCGUAGGAGGACUAAACCCGUCCGUAUGAUUGGUAAGAAAAUCAUUGACAUAGGUGGAUAUGUUGAGGAGCCUGGUCCCCGUCAGUGUGUGGAUAUAGGGUCAUCAAUCGUGGACAUCGACACUCAUCGUGCUUUUGAAAGGUUCGGCCCUCCUGAAGAAUCUGAGGUGCCCGUGAUUGCACAGAAGACCAUGGAAGCAUACGAGAAAGUGAAAAGGGGCGUGACCAAGUUGAUGAAGAUGUAUACUGUGAAAGCUUGUGGGUAUUGUUCAGAGAUUCAUGUCGGCCCCUGGGGUCACAAUGUUAAGCUGUGUGGUGCGUUUAAGCACCAAUGGAGGGACGGGAAACACGGAUGGCAAGAUGCAACGGUGGAUGAAGUUUUCCCCCCGAAUUACGUGUGGCAUGUUAGGGACCCCAAAGGGCAUCCGCUCAAGAGCACACUCAAGAGGUUCUAUGGGAAAGCUCCAGCCGUGGUUGAACUCUGCAUGCAGGCUGGUGCUAAAAUACCGAAAAGAUACGAGCCAAUGAUGAGACUUGAUAUUGUCUUACCAGACACCGACGAGGCUUAUCUCAUCGCCUGAGAUUCCUAGUUCUACACAAAGUACAUACACCAACCAGGCUUAUCUUAGUUGCCCUUCGAUAGACGACAACUGUCUAAUGCGAUCGGUUCAUAUCCAUGUUAGAACCUCUCCAAGUUAGUGGGCAGCUGCAAAAUGUGAAGAAUAUAAGUCUUGAGGGCUUGGAAAAGACAGUAGGUAUUGUAUAGCAGUUACAUAGGGAGGGAAGAUGCUAAAACUUGUUUCCCUCAACAAGUACCUGGGACUAUAGGUAUUGUGGUCUUGAUUCAGUGAGAAACUGAAACAACUGCCUGUACUACAUAAGCCAUUUUGGGACCUUGUUGAAAUUUCGAAACAUUAGCUUGAACCUCAUUUCUAGAUUGUCAUGGGCAAAAACUUGUUUAGGCUUUUAUAUAGAUACAUUGUGUCUCUGUAUAUUGGCUCUAUUUGCUAAAAAAAUAGUUAGUCUAUCAGUCAAUUUUGACUUGUUUGACC